CACAGAAGUCUGGAAAGAUCCUGGUAUGUGCUCAAAAGUCUGCUUUCCACUUCGGCAUAUAGUCUGUGGAGACGAAACAAAAAUAAAAAAUGAGGAAAAGGUGAGAUUGACACAAACGGAGUAUAUCAUGAUUAUCAGUUAGAGAGGGAGAAGGGGGGAAAUUAGAGAGAGAGAGAGAGAGUACUGUGAAUAGAGUAAAGUAAAUAAGAUAGAAAUAUGGGGGCGAGUAGCGAUCCGAACCAGGAUGGGUCAGACGAGCAGCAGAGACGAUCGGAGAUCUACACUUACGAGGCCCCCUGGCACAUAUACGCCAUGAACUGGAGCGUCCGGCGGGACAAGAAGUACCGUCUCGCCAUCGCCAGCCUGCUGGAGCAGUACCCCAACCGGGUCGAGAUCGUUCAACUCGACGACUCCAACGGGGAGAUCCGCUCCGACCCGAACCUCACCUUCGAACACCCCUACCCUCCCACCAAAGCAAUCUUCAUCCCCGACAAGGAGUGCCAAAAGCCCGACCUCCUGGCCACCUCCAGCGACUUCCUCCGAGUCUGGCGCAUCUCCGACGACCGGGUCGAGAUCAAAAGCCUCCUCAACAACAACCGCAACAGCGACUUCUGCGGUCCCCUCACCUCCUUCGACUGGAACGAGGCCGAGCCCAAGCGCAUCGGUACCUCCAGUAUUGACACCACCUGCACCAUCUGGGACAUCGAGAGAGAGGCCGUAGACACCCAGCUCAUCGCCCACGACAAGGAGGUCUACGACAUCGCCUGGGGCGGCGUUGGCGUCUUCGCCUCCGUCUCCGCUGACGGCUCCGUCCGCGUCUUCGAUCUGCGAGACAAGGAGCACUCCACCAUCAUCUACGAGAGCUCCGAGCCCGAUACUCCGCUAGUCCGCCUGGGCUGGAACAAGCAGGACCCUAGGUACAUGGCCACCAUCAUCAUGGACAGCGCCAAGGUGGUCGUGCUCGACAUCCGCUUCCCGACGCUCCCGGUGGUGGAACUGCAGAGGCAUCAGGCCAGCGUCAAUGCCAUCGCCUGGGCGCCCCACAGCUCUUGCCACAUAUGCACUGCCGGCGACGAUUCGCAGGCGCUGAUUUGGGACUUGUCUUCCAUGGGGCAACCCAUCGAGGGUGGAUUGGAUCCGAUUCUGGCAUACACUGCUGGAGCCGAAAUUGAGCAGUUGCAGUGGUCCUCGUCCCAGCCUGAUUGGGUUGCUAUUGCCUUCUCAACCAAGCUCCAGAUUCUGAGGGUAUGACUAUAUAUUUAUUACUCUUAUCUGUAUCUCUGUUGGGAAAUGAGGUUGUUUUAGGAUUUAUGUGAUAUCUCUUUUUGGUACAAUUAUCUUAGCUUCUCACGGAGAUGCUCAAUUUCUAAUGUGGAACAGUCUGCCUUUUAGUUAAAUGAUUAUAAAACCCGUCCAUCCUCGGCUUUCUAACUUUUGACCUUUUCAAGUUAGGGGGUUUCUUUGGCAGGGCACUUUCACUAAUGGAUUCAGUAGGAAAAAAAUUAGUUCUCACUAGGUAAUGUAAUGCAUGCUUGUCCACUAGAAACAGGGCACUGUGCCUGAUGCCUAUUAGAAAAACCUCUCUGAAUCCGUAGAUUGGAAAUUGUUUGAUCAAAUUUAUUUUCUAUUCCUCAAUAGAGAAAAGAAAUGUCUUCUCUUCUGUCUAACCACUUCCUUCCAGUUUACCAACGUCAUCUUGAGUAAUUGUUCCUUCAUAUAUAUAUAUAUAUAUAUAUAUAUAAUAUUUUUGUUUCUUUUAUGUGUUGUUUCUGUUCUGUGUUUUUGUAUGCACACAUCCCCUAGAAAAACAGGAAUAACAAAACAUUCUUUGCAAGGAAAAUUGGCCAGGUUAUACUAAAAGGAUGUAGAAAGUGGAUUUUUGAAUGGUAUACUACAUAAAGAGGUUUAUGUGGAACAACCGAUUUGUAGAUUGUGAACAUCUAUGCAUAUAGGCUUAAAAUGGUGCUAUUGUUAAGGAAAUGGAGAUUUUCAAAAAUCUAAAGAGGGCUUUUUCUUUCCAAAACCUUGAUUCAUGUGUAGAGGUCAUUUUCAUGCUAGAAAAAGAGAAUUCACAUAUAGGAGAUAGAAUACUGACAUCAAGACUUGAGAAAGUCUCAUAUCACUCCACCAAGGGAUGUUCACCCUUAUGAAGAUCCCUUUAGCCUCCUUCUUCUUCCUUAGAGCACCACCUUCACUUUGAUAUCUUGCCUUUAGGAAUCAACCAUAUGCCUCCAUUGAUGAACUUGGAGGCUCAAUGCUUGUGGGGGAGCUUCUUAGAGAUGAGAUCACAAAACCCUAAUUCUAGAAAGAGAAAGCGUAUAUGAGUAUAUCACACUAAUAUUGCUCAAAGGCUUAUUUUCAUUACAUGGCCAUAAAGUGUAUAUGCACAUGUCUUGGAAUUAGUAAUUCUCAAUCUCUACAAUAAAAGUGAUAUCUCCAAUCUCAUGGGCCUCCACAUCAAUUAUUGUUUAGAAUUUAAAAGAGGAGGUGUGUGUUUUGUUGUGCACACACUCGGUAGAAAAACAGGGAUAAUAGAACCUCUUUUACAUGGUGAAAUUGGGCGAGUUAUACCAAAUAGAUGUGAAAAGUGCAUUUUUGAAUGAUAUGAAGAGGUUUACGAGGAACAACCUAAGGGAUUUGUAAAUCUUAAACACCCCGAGUAUGCGUAUAGGCUCAAAGGGGCGCUAUACGGAUUUAAAUAAGCUCCUAAAACUUGGUAUAAAAAAACUCACUAUUUAUUUGUUAGAAUUUAAUGAGGUGUGAUAAAAUUUGAUUCAUAAAAAAUUUUAAUAAUGAUUUUAUUCAUGAAUUUGCGGAACAAAUGAGAAAAACUUUUGAAAUGACCAUAGUGGGUGAGUUAACUUUGUUAUUAGGAUUACAAGUUAACCAACUUGAUAAUGGGAUCUUCAUCUCACAAUCUAAGUAUGUUAGAGAAUUAGUUAAGAAGUUUAGCUUACAAUUAGCCAGACUUGUUAGUAUUCUAAUGAGUGUGGAUGCUAAGUUAAGUAAAGAUUCUCGUGGCAAAAGUAUAAAAAGUUUGCUUUACUUAAAUGUUACUAGGCCAGACAUAGCUUUCAGUAUUGAUAUAUGUGCUAGGUAUCAAGCUAAUCCUAAAGAGUUGCAUCUAAGGGUUGUUAAGAGAAUAAUAAGAUAUGUUAACGGGACUCUAUGUUGGGCAAUAGAAUUGCGCAGAUACUUAAAUCCAAUGAAAGCCAACAAAGCAAUCACACAUAAACACAAGAUAUACAUGGUUUAGCCAAAAUCGGCCUACCUCCAUAGAUAAGAAGAGAUUCCAUUAUGAUUCGUAGAGAUAUUACAAUAAUAGAGUACCAACACCACGUACAUGUCUUUUCAACAUGUACCACUCGACGAGCCUAUCUUCUCGCUACCAGUGUCACCGGUGUUUUUCCUACUUUACCAACCUGCAUACUACCUCUACCCAUCAACUCCCUCAUGACACUACAUCUCUCUCAAUCUCAUAAGUCUCAACCCACAACAUAUGUACCUAUUUGUAGAGUUAUAAACACAAUUCCUUGUUGGACAAGACAAUUCCUUAGAGGCCAAACUUGCUAAACAAGAAAUUACCUAACAUAAUACAACUCUAAAAUAGAAUCCUAAUUAGAAUAGGAAUUUGAGACACAAUUCCCGCAAUCUUCACCUUGGCUCAAAUUCCAUCUAGCUAAUCACCGCUUCCACGGCAUUGAAGAAGACAAUUCUUUAAGAGCUUCAAUCUUGAUGAUACUUCUACAAAACUCCGAUUAUCCACAUUAUACGUUGCUUGAUCAGUCAAACCUUCGAAGCUCCACUUUGACUACCCGAGCUCCAUGCCAUGUAACCAAGCCGAUUGACUCCACCUACAACCGAAGCUCGUUGCAGUACAUGUUGAGAUUUCUUGUGUUUUUUAGAUCUCCUUCACCUUUGGCUCUGAUACCAAUUUGUUGGGGCAGCGAAACCGCGCGAAUACUUAAAUCCAUUGAAAGCCAACAAAGCAAUCACACAGAAGCACAAGAUAUACAUGGUUCAGCCAAAACCGGCCUACGUCUAUGGAUGAGAAGAUAUUCCACUAUGAUUCGUAGAGAUAUUACAAUAAUAGAGUACCAACACCACGUAAAUGUCUUUUCACCAUGUACCACUCCACGAUCCUAUCUCCUCGCUACCAGUGUCACCGGUGUUUUUCUUAUUCUACCAACCUGCAUACUACCUCUACCAAUCAACUUCUUCAUGAGACUACAUCUCUCUCAUUCUCAUAAGUCUCAACCCACAAUAUAUGUACCUAUUUAUAGAGUUACAAAUGCAAUUCCUUGUUGGACAAUACAAUUCCUUAAGAGGCCAAACUUUCCAAAAAAUAAAAUCACCCAGCAUAAUACAACUCAAAAAUGGAAUCCUAAUUAGAAUAGGAAUUUGAGACACAAUUUCCAACACUCUAGAAUAUGGCUUGCGAUAUUCAUCUAAUUCAAAUUGUGAACUAGCGGGGUAUAUUGAUGUUGAUUAGGCAAUAGAUGGUAGAAAAAUCACCUAUGGUGAAUGUAUCUGUCUAGGCACAAACUUAGUUGCUUGAUCUAGCAAGAGAAAAAAUUCAAUUUUCUUUUCACUGUAGAGGUAGAAUACAUUGCAACUGAAAGUUGUUUUAUACAACACCUAUGAAUGAAGCAAAUGCUAGCAAAUCAUGGAAUAAAACAAGGCACCAUGUGUAUAUUCUGUGAUAACACAAGUGCUAUAAAUAUUUCUUAGAAUCCUGUAUUAUACUCUAAAACUAAACAUAUAGACAUAGGACACCACUUUAUUUGUGAACUUGUGGAACAAAACUUAAUAAGCUUAGAAAAAAUUUAAGCUAAAAAUCAUUUGGCAGUUAUCUUGAUGAAAUCAUUAGACUCAAUUAGGUUUGAAUACCUUAGGAAGACUAUUGGUGUGGUUGCAUAUUGUUAGUAUUUAAAUAUUAAAAUUACACCAUCUUUAGAGCUUAAGUUUUUAGAGUCGAUGAUGGUUAGCAUGGUAUCAAAGCUUAAGGUUUUGAGUUCAGACCGCACUUUCAUCCUGAUAAUUAAAAUUGAAAACAUGUCUUGGACCAAAAAGAAAGCCACACAUGACGGCCGUGUUAGAGUAUAUAAAUAUUAAAGUUACACCCUCUCUAACAGCUUAAGCUUUUAGAGUAAAUGGCCGUUAUUAUAUAAAUAUUGAAGUUACAUCCUUUCUGACAACUUAAACUUUUUAGAGUAAAUGAUGGUUGUCAUAUAUGAUAAUUUUUCGCGUUAACGCAUGGAAUCUUUAUGAAUCUAAUCAUUGAGUGACAUAUACAUUGUUGAGACUUAAAUCAAUAUAGUUGAUAAGUUAGUUCAGGAUAAAGUUGAAGAUCUUUCUAAUGGUUGAAAAGUGACUUCAACUUAUUGGAACUUUCUUUUUUGAUAAUAAUAAAUGCUUUGAUUCAUACUAUUGUUAGAGUCGUUUUAUUGUCGAAAUGUCAUUAUGCUAUCAUAGUAAGAAAGAGAAACUAAACCUUCUUAUAUUUUUUCUUUUAUAAAAAAUUUCAAAAUUGCUAAAGUAUUUAGUUUAUAUAUUUUGCUUUCUGUUUUAUGUCUCUCUCCUAAGUGUUUUUCCUACGUAUUUUUGUCAAUUCCGUAACAAAAGGGAGAGAAAUAGUGGAUAUACGAGUUAUAAGGGGGAGAGAGGUGUUUUGAGCCAUUUGAUAUUAUAAAGCUGAGUUUUGCACGUGUUCUAUACCAUAUUGCUUUAUUGGAUAGUACUUUGCUUUGGUAUGUUUGUUCUGUUUGUGUUUUGCAGACAAUAGAAAGAGCAUUUAGAAGUUGAUUAGAUCAAACUGAUAUUUUUAAAAUUUCUGUGUGUACAUGUAAGGGUGAUUAGGAUUCUAGGUUGAGUCAGUUAUUCUUAUAUAUGUACAUGUAAGGGUGAUUAGGCUUUUAGGUUGAGUCAGUCAUUCUUAUAUAUGUACUAUUUGGGUUUUGUUUCGGAAUUGUCAAAAGGGAGGAUUGUUAGGCAUACAAGUCAUCGAGUCAUGUGUUGGCAACUUCACACUCAAAACUUUGGUGGAAAUAUGUCAAAGUGUCACAAGUAAUUAAGAGUAUAAUCUUCAAAGGCUAUGCCGACAAGAUUUGCGAAGAACAUGACGAGAAAUCUGCAUCCUUAAUCAAAUAUCUACAGUACAUGUAAUUUAACCUAAAAAGACUUUACGUAACCUACUUUCAAACUUGUUUUUAACAAUUUUUAUUUUUAUUUGUUUAUCAAGAUAAUGAAUUUUGAGUAGGUUUUAAAAAGUAAGUUUUUGUUGGGAAAUGGUAUGUGUGAAGCAGUUCGAUUGAUCAAUCAAUCGAUAGGUGGAUCGAUUGAAUUUUUCCAGAAAUUGUUUUAUUGGGAUUCAGUAUGCUUCGACUGAUUGGUUGAUCGAGCAAGUCGCUUGACGGUAGGUGUUAAUCAAUGCCCUGAUCAAUCAAAUAAACGUAAGGUUUAUUUUUGGGAACUCUCUCAAAACAAAUUUCUAUAAGGAUUCAACUUAACGAAACGUAUAAAUUAGCCUUUAAAUAUGGAGUUGUAGUGAGUAUACAACAUGAGUUUCUCUCUCUAAUCAUCUAGUGAGAAAAAAAUCCUUGUGUGAGAAAAUCCCCAUUACGCAAUCAAGGAUUUCCUUAGACACCAUCAUAUUAAUCAAGGAAGAAUUCAUCAACUUAUGGAGGUGUUCCCAUUAAAUCAAUCAGAAUUUCAAGCAAAAGGAAGGACAAAACAUUGGAGAAGCAGAUUCUUGAGGAGCAAAUUCUGUUAACAGAGCAGACAGACGGCCUAGAGACUUGAGUGGAAAGUUUGUCAGUCUGUCUCAAGAGGUAACUUGGUUGGUGUAAUCCCUGGUUUUCCUGUUUAGUGUUUUCCACGUAAUUUUUUUUUUUUUUCCUCUACUCUUCCUUUACUUUUUAUGGAUGCUUGAUUAUGUAUGUGAUGGUUGGAUUCAAGAACUAUCCUAUAUAAGCUAAAAUUAAAAUCACAAUCAACAUAACUCCCGAAGAUGGAUAAACUUUAAAAUUAAUUUCCAUGAAAGUUUAUUCAUCCCUUUUUAGGUAUAAUUCAGAACUCACUUUGACAUAAUUAGAGGCUUGGGUAACGGUUCGAGAACCUAACAAUUUCCUUUAGUAUAGAGACUUCUAUUAAUGUUGAUGGGACCUGAUUGGAGGCUACUUUCGGGCAUUAUAAGAUGAGUGGUUAAAAUUAGGAUCUUAGAGGAGUAACAAAUACACAACAUGAAAAUGCAGUGGAGAGGCACCUUGUAAAUAUACACUGAUGGAGUUUGUGAACUUUUGUGGAUUAUAAUGCUCUGGAUGGAUUUAGGCAAUUUUCCAAUCCGUUGGCUCUGUACUGUGAUGAUUAAUAUGGCUCAGAAUCCAAUUCAACAUGAUUGAGCCAUAUAUAUUGGGUUUAACAUUUUAGACAGAAGGAUUUUAUCGCGAGGAAAUAUUAACUCAUUACAUAAAGAUAGUGCUUUAGUUGGUUGAUGUUGAGGAGUAUGCAGAGCUUGUGUUUGUCAAAUUCUUGGCUAGUCUUGCAUUUUGAAUCACUUUAUUUUUUCAGUAAAACCUUGAGGUAGAGAAACUACACCACUCUCUUAGUCUCUCCUCCUUUCAUUUCUUUUUUGCCAUUCAGACUCUGGAAAUCUUUUUCCUUCUAAUAUUUGUUGCUUAUUAGUGCUUAAAUAUUCCUUGUGGAAGGCAUCACAUUCAUCCUCCAGUCUCCGUUUGGAUACUUCUGGCCCUUUUUAGAUUGAAUUUUCAUAUUAUACGAUAACAAAGCACCCAAGAUGGAGGUUACACAAAGAUGGAAUGUUUGAAUUGAAAUAUCAAUUUGUGGCUUAAAUUGUUGGAUAAACACCAAUUCAAGAAGUUAAGUACUCUUAGCAAUUAUUUUAACUAGCUCAUAAAAAUUAUUGCCCACCAGAGUAAGGCAUCCUGUUAAAAGAAAGGAUGAGUCUUGAUAUAAGGUAAUUAGGUGGUUUUAUGGGUUUUAGAAUAUGAUACCUAGGAUCGUAGUACCUUCCUUUACAAUGGAUUUGACCUGUUUGUUCCACGUACUUUUGGUGUUCGUUGUAUGAUUGAUCUUUAUUUAUAGUCUUCUAAUGUGUGUUUACCAUGUUUAUUAAAUUAAAGAAGAUAAAAAAUUAAAAAUCAGUUAUUAACUUCUCACAAGAGUAGGAUUUACAAGGGUGAAGGUCCUCUUUGUGUGUGCAAGGACGCCUUCUCCCAUCUCUGCGACAAAAUUCAUCUUCGUUCCCCUCUCAAAAAAUGGAAUUUAGUUUCCUCAAAAUGACUCCAACUAUCUUGGACAAUUCCUUUACUGAUAUGAAUUCCACAUCAGAUUGCCUUUAGUUCUUUUGUUAUGGCCUCCAUUUAGCCUCCAUUGCCUUUAUUUUAGAAAGUUGAUCACUACUGUCAAGAUUAGGGAAGAAACCCCAAUAGGUGAGACAAAAAUACGAAAGGAAAUAAUGAACAUAAUGGUAGCAAAGAACUAAUAUUUAGAAUAAGGUAUCUUAUGAUUCUUUGAACAAAGGAGGAACAGAACUCAUUAAGUAUUGUGUUAACAAACUCACUGAUUCCCGUUUGAAAUACGGACUGAAAUAAUCACCAGAUGUGUUCUCAUCACUGAAAUAAUCACCAACAUUUUUUGCCAGUCUGAACUGAACUGCUGGUUGAAAUAUUGGCAUUUCAUAGUAGUAUUGUUCCCAGCUGUAACAGGCUGGAGUGAGAGGCAUGGUGUAUGGGUGUGUCUCACAAUAUGAUGGAGCAACUGUGCAAGGUUCAACCAGGCAACAGUAUUGGGUGCGAGUGGUAGCUUUUACUCUUAUCAUGCAAAGUGCUCGGGUGUACAAAAUUUACUUUAGGAUGAGGGGAAGAGGAUUUUUUUGUUCUAGUUACUUCAGGUCUGGAAGUAUUGGGGUUUCAUUCUCUCUCUCUCUCUCAAGCUUUAUUAAAUUAUUACCACCUCUAUCCCGACCACUUGUACUCACCUUAAUUAGCCGACGUGACAGCAGCCAUUGACAUGUGCUUUGCUUUUGUUUUUGUUUUGUUUUGUUUUUGUUUUUAACUGGGGUCUCCCUUUCUCUCCCCCCUCUCUCUAACCGACGGUGACUGAAGGAAGCUCCAAUGAUGACAAAUACAACAGCCAGAGAAUACUCCGGCAACAGUGAUGAGACAGCGAAGAAUGAGACAACAGUGCUGAAGAGAGCAGCGAUCUGAAUAUGGACACGCUGAAUGGGGCGAAGAACGCUUGAUUGUCUUAUCACAGCCUGGUGUUUGAAGAGUUUGGUAUACGUUGACAAUGGCAGGGGCUAAAAAUGGAGUGAAGAAUGGAUCUUUGUGGAAGAUUUUGUUCCCUACGGGCAAUGUAUUGGACUUGAUCGGCGACGAUAUGGAAAAAAUGUUAGAUUGAAGCCAUUGUAGCGAGGUGCUCACAGUGCCAAUCGAAUCGGGAUUGGUUAAGAGACAAUCUGGGUCAGUUCGCUCGUGAGCUGAGAAAUGGGUUCAAUAUCAAGUUCGUUUCGAUUCGUACCUUUGAAUUCUUAUCGUUCAAAGCAAUCAGACUCAUGGGUGGUGAGAAAAUAGUCUUUAUUUUAUCUCCGAUAGUCCUCUGACUUGUCGGCGCCAGAAUUUUGAUUGUUCUCCAGCGGAUUUCACCACACAUGGUGUACGAGGUCAACGAAGGAUUAAUAGAUGGUGGGAUGUUAUCGUUCCUCGAGUGAGUCAUCAAUAGGCUUUAGAUCUACUCAACGGUGUUGGAGUCUCUUAAUGGCGGCGGCGGCGGAGACGAUUGGGUUAGAAGGAUUGAGAUGUUAAUGCUGCAUCCGGAGAUUUUCUCGGCGUGGAGGUGGUUGCGAGAAGGAAUGCAACGCUGUGGAGAGAACACGUGGUCCCAGGUUGCUGGGAUCAGGUGUGGGUGAGCCCACUUUGAUCUGGGUUUGACCUAGAUUGAAACGGGCCAACCCAUCAAGGAAAAAAAAAAUAUAUACACAAAACUUCCUUGGGCAUUUUCGGAAUAGUAAAAGGGAAAAAUGGGCAUUACAACAUUAUUUUAGGUCAGAUUUCUAUUUGAAGGGGUAUUUUCGCACAAUGUUAAAAUAAUAAGGGGGUUGCACAGUUUUUCAAAUAGGGGGCAAAAAUGCUACCAAAAGUAUACAUUAAGGGUGUUUCUUGCACUUCACCCAUAAAUUGUUUAGUCAAUGAUUUGCUUGCUAAAAAUAAAACAAAUUUCAAUUUAAACUUUGAUCUACUCUGAAUGUGCAAAAAUUGGUGUGCCUCUUAUGUUGCUUUGCUUACCUCAGAUGGCUUGAUUUGCUGUGAUUUUAGGCUUGAUUUGCAUUUGGCACUGGUGGUGGGAGGGAGGAGAGUGUAUAUAUAUAUAUAUAUAAAGAAAAAUGAUAUUUACGCUGAUGGAUUUGGCAGAUUUGUUAGGCAGAAACUUAGGUGGUGUCUAACUGGCAAAAAUGAAAGCGUGUGUAUGCGUGCGUGCAAUCCAUUCAUCUUCCAGAUUUGAGCUCGGGUGUCAAGAUCAAUUGAUGGUAGUGUCGGCAGCGGAACUCUAAUCGAUGGAUGGUGGUGUCCGUGCCGAUGUUGAUGAACUUCUCUCUUCCAUCAUAUACAUUAUAUACAUAUUUGCACAAACACCCAUCAUGUACAUCACACACAUAAUAACUACAGGACAUGGGUAUUAAAAAAAGUCAAAAAAUAAUGAGCAAUUUCUUCUAAGUGAAGAAGAUGGCUUAGGCAGAAAGCCGGUGAAUAUGAUGCUGCCGAUAAUGGAGAAGUCAGCAAUGACGAUGGACCGGGUUUGGAGGUCGCCUCCGAAGAACAUUGGGUUACAGUUCCAAAUUGGUCUUUGCGUGGAUGGGUCAACGAACUGAUGGUUUCGGUGUAGUGGGAUCACCAACGUGAAUUGUCGUCGGCGUUGAAGAAUGCAAUGAGGAACUGAACAGUAGCGGCAAGCAAGGAUGGAUUUCCGUCGUGAGUUGAUUGGUUGGUGUGGUUGUCCGGCGAGGAUGAAGAUGACUGAGGACAUAAGUUGGCUCCGGCGCUGACAGUGUCGACGACUGCGGAAUAAACCCACUUGUUCUAUUUUUUAGGUUCAUUGCCAGUGCCACAUUGGAUUUUGCCUAAGAAAUAGGCCAAAACAGUCGAUCUGAGUAUCACUACCCAUAUGUAAAAGAAGCAAUAAAGAUAUAUAAUUUAAUUUAUAAAUUUUCAAAA